AUGAUGAUCGCAUAGAAACAUCACAAUUAAGAAGACCCUAACACUAAAAGAGUCCUUAAACUUUCAACAAUCAAAGUACAUCCUUUACCUGAUGGUCCAAAUUUUAGUGUUUUGGAAAAACUGAAGAAAAUCGUCUGA